CAAUUUGAAACCAACAAAUGGACAAUUAUAUCUUCCAAAAGCCAUAUUCUAGGAUCAGGAUGUUCUUCGCGCAGUCAAGUACCAACACUAUCGUGUUGUGACUUUUGUCGCUUUUCUAUUGAAUUAAAACUUCAUCAUUUGCCUGAGAUGAUUCACUCAGGGAUGUUGACCCUUGUAGAGCACCUGUGAAAAUUGCUUGUUCAAAAGAAUGGAAAGAAUCUAGAAUGGAUAGUGGACUUGUAGAUAAAGAUGUUAAUAUGUUUGAUUGGACAUAUUCAACAUACUAUGAAGGAACAUUAUUUGGACAUCCAGUUGUUGAAGCCACUGAUGAGCGUAUAAACAUGGAGAAACUCAAAGUUCAAGAAGAGAUACUUUUUUACUCAGAUUUGACUUUAUUUGAAGAUGAAUUACAUGAUAAUGGUGUUGCUGUAUGUUCUGUGAAAAUACGCUGUAUGCCUAGUGGUUUUUUUGCGCUGUUGCGGUAUUUUUUACGUGUGGAUGGUGUUAUGAUGCGUAUACAUGAUACACGUUUGUAUAAAGAAACUGAAUGGGAUUAUGUAUUGAGAGAAGUUUGCCGUAGAGAAUUAUACACAACAGAAAUACCAGUUGGAAAAUCUGGAUCAUUAACUGAUCCUGGAAGCUUUGCCAGUACCUUACCCAUUGUCUAUGAACGUUUUGAAAAACUUAAAUUUGAUAAAAAUUUGUAAUUUUUUGUAGUUUUUUAUCUGUUUAAUACAUACAAGUUUUGCCUAUCUUUUAGUAAUUAAAUUAAUAGAGUAUAAUAAAGUAGAUUUAAGCUAUUGAUUAUAACUAACAACAAUAAAUAUGUGCAUAUCUUAAAUUUUAA